GGAACAGUUGGCUAACAAUAUUCUUUUUUGGUUACAAUCGUCUAUGAUGCUUUUCGGAGUCCCUCACAUUUACUCUUAAACUCCGGGGGAAAGCGGCAAAGUGCGGAGGCUGUUUUUCCUUCUUCGGCUUUCUGGGACACGUUUAUUUAGAAAUUCUCGUGUUAAAUUAGCCAGAUUUGUAGCUGACACAGCUUUCUGUCAACAGCGGCUCGUGCUUUGUCACAGCUAGCUAGCUAGCUGUUAUCUGGACCAUGGUUGUGCUGAAAAGUCUCCACCCUCCUACCGAGGGAGUGCGACACCAGCAGGCGGACACCACGGCGGAGCUGGACGGCCUGAAGCUGGGUUGCGGGACGCUGUGUGUGGCCGAAACACGCCUGUUGUGGUUCGAUGACUCGAGGAAGGGCUUCUCUCUGGAGUAUCCAUCGAUCGGUCUACACGCCAUCUCCAGAGACGUCUGCUCCUACCCCCAGGAACACCUCUACGUCAUGGUGAACGGCAAAGUCGGCGAUGAGAAUGAGACAGAGAUGGGUGCUGCUGAUGAUGAUGACGACAGCAGCAAAGAGGACGACGAUGAGGAUGGAGCAAUCACAGAGAUUCGGUUUGUGCCCAGCGACAAGACGGCGUUGGAGUCCAUGUUCUCAGCCAUGUGCGAGUGCCAGGCCCUGCACCCGGACCCAGAAGACGACGAAUCUGAUAACGACUUUGAGGGGGAGGAGUACGACGUGGAGGAGGCCGAGCACGGCCACGCCGACAUACCCACCUUCUACACGUGUGACGAGGGUUUAUCGGCGCUGACACAAGAGGGUCAAGCCACGCUGGAGAGGCUGGAGGGGAUGCUGGCCCAGUCCGUGGCUCAGCAGUACCACAUGGCUGGAGUCAGAACCGAAGAAACCAAGGCGGAGUUCGAUGAUGGGAUGGAGGUGGAUGCUGCAGCGAUGGAGGCGGGGCAGUUUGAGGAUGCAGAUGUGGAUCACUGACGGAUCUCGUCCAGCCAGAGGAAGCAGCGGUGGGAUUAACGAGGACAGCAGCUCUAAUCUCCACCUCCCCGAUCCAUGUGAUGCUGUUGCUCUAAAGACCAACUUAGUGGUUCCUGCUGGAGGAACGUGUUUGUAAAAGUGUCAAUAAACAAGAUUGUUUUGUAUUUCA